GUGGCAGUCAUGCCACACGGAAGCUCACAAGCCAAUCAGAAAGCAGCGUUGCAAUAAUCUGAAAGAUAUCCGAUACAUUUCUAGUUAAUGGUCUUUCUCGUUCACGGCUCUUAGUGGUAUUUAGAUUUUAUCACAAUGAAGUUGAACGUAUCAUUCCCGGCUACAGGAUGCCAAAAAUUAUUCGAGAUUUCGGACGAGCACAAGCUCCGAAUGUUUUACGAAAAACGAAUGGGAGCAGAGGUAGAAGCUGAUUCUCUUGGCGAUGAAUGGAAGGGAUAUGUAGUACGUAUUGCUGGUGGUAAUGACAAACAAGGCUUCCCUAUGAAACAGGGUAUUUUAACUAAUGGUCGUGUACGGUUAUUACUAUCAAAGGGACAUUCUUGCUAUAGACCCAGACGCGAUGGAGAAAGGAAACGUAAAUCUGUACGUGGUUGCAUCGUCGAUGCGAAUUUGUCGGUACUUGCCUUGGUAAUUGUGAAAAAAGGAGAGCAGGAAAUUCCUGGACUUACCGAUACGCAAGUUCCGCGUCGUUUGGGACCAAAGAGAGCUAGCAAAAUCCGUAAGCUUUUUAAUCUUACAAAGGAAGAUGACGUACGUCAAUUCGUCGUUAAAAGACCUGUUCAGAAAGAAGGCAAGAAAGAACGACUAAAGGCGCCUAAAAUACAACGUCUAAUUACUCCAUUGACGUUACAGAGAAGAAGACAUAGGCGUGCAUUGAAAAAGAGGCGUUGCUUGGCACGCAAGGAGCAAGCUGCUGAUUAUGCUAAGUUGUUAGCUCAAAGACAAAAGGAGGCAAAGAAUAGACGCAAAGAAGAAAUUAAACGAAGACGUAGUGCUUCUAUGCGUGAUUCCAAAUCAUCGAGUCAAUCUGCGCCAAUAGCAACGCAAAAAUAAAAGAAAAUUUCAAAUCCAUUGUAAGGAGUAUCUAUAAGGUAUUAAAGAUAAGAUAUACUCUGUCUAUAUAAUAAGGUAGAAUUAAGAUAAGAACUUUAAAUUCUAAUAUAUAUUAUAAUUUGAAUUUGAAUUUGAAUUUAUAUAUCUAGGUGUAAAUACACGGUAUAUAUAAAUUAUAUAUACGUAAAUCUUAUAAAUUGCAUAUUCUGAACCUUGUUAAAUAUUUACACAGAUCUAAAUAAAAGUUUAUAGAUAUGCGGAAUAAUAGGCUUAAACAGAAGGUCUAAAAGAAGAAAAAUUUUAAGAAGAAAGGUCUAAAAAAAUUAUAACUAAUUUAUAAAUUAAUUUUAAAAAUACAUUGAAAUAUGCAGCUAUUCAGCCGAUUAAUACUUGCGAGAUUUACAAUUAGAUUUCAAUAUAUCGUGAGAUUUUUGUUUGUGAAUAAACUAUUUUCAAAAAAAAGCUUUUUGAAAAAUUCGAAAAAGA